AUGGGGCUGGCGGACAAGCUCCCCACCGUGCAGCUGCCCGACGACCCUUCCCCCCGCCACCCGCCGCCAUCCGACCAUUCCCCUGCCGCGUCCCCCUCCGCCAACCCGUCCCCCUCUUCCCUCCGCCCGGCCCUUGCGACGGGCCGUGGGGUGGGCAUCGUUCCGCUGCCCAAGUUCCCCUCGCGGCUGGACCGCACUCCCGGAGACGCGUCGGGCACAAGCCGCCACAUCAACCGAACGCACUCCGCGCCGCCACAGGAGUUAAAGGACGUAUGCGUGGAGCGGCCACUCGAGUCCCCCGCCGUGCCGUCCCUCCGCUCCCCCUCCUCCUCCUCCUCCGGCCUCAAGCCGCCCGCGGGGGCUGCAUUCCGCGCGCGCAAGGACGGGGGGUCGACGCGGCCCCAGCGGACGAGCUCGGGCGGCAACGCGCUGAUGCGCAUGGCGAAGAUUGUGAGUGCGCCGCAUGCGGGGAAGGAGGGAAUGAGAAGGGGAGCGGGGGAUGGAAUGGGCGUGCGCGGUGUUGGGGUGGUGCCGUGGAUAGGGUGCGUGGGAGCAGUGGGCAGGGGGGGGGGUGCGUGCAGCACGCCAUGUGCGUGUGCAGCAGCGCGCGGCGCCUGCUCUAUGCCACCGCCUCCACACAUCAACACCUUCCUCGUCUCCCCUCCCCCACGCCUCUCUUCUCCCUUCGUAACACCCCCUCCCAACGUUCCACCUAACGUUGUGCGUUCUUGUCCGUCUCCCCCGCACCCCCUCGCUGCACGCCCUCCUCACCCUCCUCGGCGCCGCCUCUCGCCCGGCCCGCACGCCCCACCCCACCAGGCGGAGGACCACGACCCCACCAAGGCCUCUGCGCACCCGCCCGCCCCCGCCCCCCCCUCCGCCCACUCAACUGGCCGUGCCGGCCCCUCCCACAACGGCAGUCCGCCUGCUGACGACGAGUGCAGGGACGGGUGGGGGGAGGACGGGGGAAGAGAGGGCGGGGCGGUGCAUGGGGAGGGGGAGCAAGGCGGGUCGCCCCCGCGGAUGGAUGUGCUGCUGAGGAGAUUCGAAGCUGGCACGCAGCAGCUGGGCACCCUCCUGUGGGGCAACGAGUCCUCGCCUCUGGCGGACAUCCACCCGCCGUCCCCUCCGCCCAAGCCCGCCACGGCAGCAGCAGCGUCCCCCCAGCAGCGCGCGCCCGUGUUCCCCGCGUCCACCAGCGUCGCCUGCUCGCCCCCCAAGCCCCCCCACCCACCCCCCGACACCAAGGCCGCCAUCCGGCUGCGCUUCGCGGGGGAGAGGGCACGAGGGGCGGCGGGGCUGCUGUUCAUGGGCAAGGGCAGCCGCCGCACGCUGUCCGUGAGCAGCGCCGCCUCCUCCUGCUCCGUGCUCACCGAUGCCUCCACCGCCUCCGCUCCCCCCGCCCCCGACCCCGAGUCGUCCCCGGUGGAGGGUGGGGGCAGGCGGGUGCGGCACAUGCACACGGCGUCACGGGCGUCCAUUGCCAACUCGCUGUUUGACGACCCCAUGCUGGACGCCAUCUACGCCGACGAGGACGGCCUCCCCGACGACGACGACGAGGACCGGUCAGAGGAGGGGUGGGUGGCGCGCGGCGACAGCAUAGCGGAGGGCAGGACGAGCUCGAUCCACCUGGGCAGUGGGCGGCUGGGCAGCAUGCGGUAUGGCGAGGGCGCGGAGGAGGAGUGGGGCGUGGAGGUGGAGCGCGAGGCCAGCACCAUGAGGGCGCUCGUGCAGCAGAUCGCCGACCGCGGCGGCCUCGAGGACUGCCUCGCCAGCUAUGCCGGCAUGCGCAUGGAGGUGGUGCGGCGCGCGGUGAAGGAGGCGGACGUGCAGCUGGCCGUGAGUGCGGGUGCGCUGGAGGGGCAGGCGUGGGGCGCCGUCGAGCCCAUGUUCAAGACGUGGCUCUCCCAGGCCCACUCCCUGGCGUUGGUGCUGGUGCAGCGGGAGCGCGCGCUGCUGGCGGCCAUAUUCAAGGACAUCCCCUCCUUCGCUCUCUCUGCGCCGCCCGGCCCCGCCAAGCCAGCGCUGGCGCGCCUGCCGUCGCUGGCGGCGAAGCUGCCGACGCCCACGGCGCUGCUGGCGGACAUCAUGGUGGAGGCGGGGCUGCUGACGGCGCUCUUCCACCUGCGCGCCAGCGCCACCGCGCUGCUGCACACCGCGCCCGCACCCGAGAAGAUCUUUGUGCUGCUCGAUAUGUACUGGCUGUUGCGCUCCACCACCGACAACAUGAAGGAGGUGGCGCCGGCCAGUCUAGCGGACGCGUGGGGGGCGCUGCCACGCAGGGCGGCGGAGGCGGCGACCAAGAGUCUGGCGGAGCUGCAGGGCAUGCUGGAGCAGGGGUGCAGGGCGCCGCCCGCCACCACCACCAAGAAGUCCCUCGGCGCCCGCCUGCGGCUGCCUCGGCCGGGGCGCAAGAAGGCGCAGGAGGCGCAGGAGGGGGCGCCCAGCAGUGUGGCGGUGCACCCCGUCACCAGCUACGUCGUCAACUACCUCCAGCAGUUCCAAGACAGGUCGCAUGCGGGCAGCUAUGGGUGCAUAUUGGAGGAGGCGCUGAGGGAGUUUGAGGAGGGCGCGAGUGUGGAGCGCGAGACAGGGCGGCUGCUGGAGGGCGUGCAGGCGAGCAUGGAGGUGAAGGGGCGAGCAUGCCCCACGGACAUCACCGCCGCCAUCUUCCUCAUCAACAACCUCCACUACCUCGCCUCCUUCGCGGAGAAGAACCAGCACCCGUGUGCAGGGGCGUUGAGUGCAGUGUUGGAGAAGCACACGGACGCGUUUGUCACCAUUGCGCUCAAAAGGAUUCUGGAAGCAUUAGGGCCGGGCGACAGCAGCAGCAUCGAUGACAACGAAGUCAUCAAGAGGCUGCGGGUGUUCAACGGGGCGUUUGAGGAGCUGGCGCUGGAGCAGAAGGACUGGAGCUUCACCAACGACGACUGCCGUCGCAACAUGCGGCAGCGCCUCGCCUCCACCGUGCGCACCACCUACGCCAAGUUCCUGCUGCCGCACAG